AUGAUCAACGACACACUUUCGUUCGGGGAGCUGGACGUGAAUGUUUCUGAGCAGCUGCCUCUCUCUCUUAGCAGGAACCACAGCGUGUUCCCUGCGCUCCAACUCGAGUCCAAGUCUUUGGUCACCUCAGCCACUAUGUUCGCAGUGGGAGUCCUGGGAAACCUCAUCGCCAUAGUUGUAUUGUGCAUCUCCAAGAGGGAACAAAAGGAAACCACUUUCUACACUUUGGUGUGCGGGAUGGCCAUCACGGAUCUGCUGGGAACAUGCUUCACCAGUCCGGUGGUGAUCGCCACUUACGUAGCCAACCGCUGGCCGGGUGGAGCGCUGCUCUGCCACUUCUUCUCCUUCUCCAUGCUCUUCUUCGGCUCAGCAGGGAUGUCCAUCCUGUGCGCCAUGGCUGUGGAGCGAUACUUAGCCAUAAACCAUGCGUAUUUCUACUCUCAGCAUAUAGACAGGACGAUGGCGCGCUUUGCGCUCCUGGUCACCUACUUGGCCAACAUCGUGUUGUGCAUCAUGCCAAGUUUUGGCUUUGGGCAGCACGUGAGACACUACCCGGGGACUUGGUGCUUUUUGAACUGGAGGGCGAUGGACCCGCUCGGUGCCUGCUACUCUUUCCUGUAUGGAGGCGUAAUGCUGCUGCUGAUUGCUGUGACGGUUCUGUGUAAUGUGGCGGUGUGUAGGUCGCUGGUAGGCAUGAACCAGAGGACGGGGAUUGUCAGAGCAGACGUGUGUGAGCAAGGGGGGUCACGGCGCCGCUUCCCCCGGCUACCCUCUGUCACCUCAGCGGCGGAGAUCCAGAUGUUCUGGCUGCUGAUCUUCAUGACCAUCGUUUUCUUGGUCUGCUCCAUCCCUUUAGUGGUGCGGAUCUUCGUCAACCAGCUGUAUGACCCUGCUGUGAUCUCCGCUGGAGGAAAGCCAGACUACCGAGGCGACAUGUUGGCGAUCCGCUUCGCCUCAUUUAACCCCAUACUGGACCCUUGGGUGUACAUUUUGUGCAGGAAGAACCUGGUGGUGAAGGGCUGCGAGAAGAUAAAGAGGACGGUGGCCCGAGUUAAGAGCGGCGGCAGAGACGACAUUGGCUGGGUGGGAGAGCAACACUCCCCUCCGUCUUCAAACAGCAAUGACACCAGUUACGCGUCAUUACGCACAGCCAGCUACAGGAACGACGUGGAGCACCGCGUUACCAUCCAGCAACAGACUUUUACUGACUUUGCUUUGAGACAGGCGUGGGAGUACGACACAGCGCGGGACAACUUUCACCCGUUCAGCGUGGAGUCGACCGCCAUCCUGGCCUGUGAGGAGGAGGGGACAGCGGGGUCCAAACAGGUGGGGGAAGCCAAGCCUACUCCAGGACGCAGCGCUACACCAGCUAUCUCUGCGCACGUGAGGAAAGUGGACAUUGUUACGUGCACGUUCAGCACACCGAGCUCGUGCCAGUCAGUGAAAUGCCUCUGA